AUGCGGCAGCUAUUGGUCCUGUGUGUGCUGGCCUGUGCCGUUGGUGGUGUGCUAAGUGCUUCGUUGACGCGCGUCGGUCGUGAGGAGGAUGCACCACCAGCGGAGGCCACGGUUGUCGUGGCCGCGCCAGCAGAUGCAGAUGCAGUAGCACCAGUGGCGGAGCUGAAGAAGGCCGAGAUUCCGGUCGCAGUCGAAGAGUCGGAACCGGUGCCGGUGGCCGCCGUUGCCGAUCAGGUGAUCGAGCCCGUCGCGAGUCAGAGCACGGUAGAGCAACAGCAAGCGCAAGCGGUCGAGCCGGAGCCACAGGUAGCCGCGACCGUGAUUGCGGCUGAAGCCGUAGCCGAUGCGACCGUCCCGGAGAGCGAGGUGAUCCGUGCCGUCGAGGAGGUUAUGGCUGCUGAGCAACCUUCAGCCCAGCUAAAGGCCGUAGAGAUCGCCGAAGAACCGGUGGCCGUUGUGGUGCAGCAGGCCGUUGCUGCCGAGGAGCCGGCAGCCGCCGCCGCCGCCGCCGUCGAAGCACAGGAAGUGGCCGCCGUCGAAUCGCUGCGAAGUGUCGAGCCAGUCCAGGAAGUUGCCGAAGCCGUUGCCAAGGAGGUCGAACCCGUCGAGGUAGUCGCCGUGCAGAGUGAGAUUGUCGAGCCCGUGGAAUCGCUCCGUAGUGCUGCUCCGAUUGCUGAGGUGCAGGAACCGGUUGCCGUCGUCGCCGUUGAGACUGUUGAGCCUGCCAAGGAGGAAGCCGUCGUUCCGGCCGCUGUUCCCGCUGUCAAGACCGUACCGGAGGUGAUUCUGGAGAAGGCCGAAGAGUCCGUUCCUGCUGUGGCCGUGAAGGAUGUCGAGGUGGCGCCAGUGGAAUCGCUGAAGUCGGUCGAACCGGUCGUCGAGAUUGCUGAGCCCGUGGCCGUCGUUGUCGAGACGGUGCAGGCCGACAAAGGGGAGGACAAAGAGAAGAAGGAUUUCGCUCAGGUAAAGUCUGUACUGCCGGUGGCCGUUGAGAAGGAGAUCGUCUCCGAAGUUGUCGUUGAAAAGGUUGAGAAGGUAGAGAAGGAAGAACAGGUUGCCCCGGUAGAGUCGCUGCGUUCGGCCGUUCCCGUACCGGAAGCCGUCGCUCCCGUCGUCGCUCCAGCCGUGAAGACCAUCGCCGAGGUCGAACCCGUGGCCGAAGCCGUAAAGCCCGUCGAUGCGCCCGUGGCUGUGGCGACCGAGGAGAAAGUGGUCGCUCCUGUUGAGUCGCUGCGGCAGGUAGCGCCAGUCGUGCCAGUCGAGGAGCCAGUCGCUGUCGUCGCUGAGGAAAAGGUUGCUGAAGCCGUCGAGGAGAAGGUUGUCGCGCCGAUCGAUUCCCUCCGCCAGGCCGCCCCUGUUGAGGUCGUUAAUGAGCCCGCCGCCGUCGUCGUGAGCAACGUCGAGGAAGAAAAGAAAGAGGAAGUCGUGGCCGCUGCCGUUCCGGCUGCCGUCAAGAGCGUCAUUGUGCCUGAGGUGGUAGAGAACGUCGAGAAGGUAGAGGAUGCCGUGGCUGUCGAGGAACCUGUCGGUGCCGUGAAAUCGGUUCCGAUCGCUGAGGAUCUUUCGCCGGUGAAGGAAGUUGAAGCUGAGCCACACCAAGCGCUUCGCGCCAACGAAGUCCGCCAGGACGGUAGUUCCACCACCACCGGUCGCCCCAAUCUGCUCCAGCAGAUCAUUCAGCCAGUAAACAACUUUAUCCAGGGUACUCCUCUCGGACAGGCCCUCAACCGUCCCUCUAACACUCCUGUAGCAGCAGCUCCCGCUGCAGCCGACAAUGCCGAAGGAUCUCAGGACGAACCGGCCGCGAGUCCGACCACUGCCGCCCCAAAUCUUGUCCAGCAGCUGGCCCAGAACGUCCAGAACUUCUUCAACCCGAACGCGGCCAAUGCUAAUGCUGAGACGGCUGAGGCUACGACUCGCCCGAAUAUCAUCCAGCAGGUCCAGAAUGCCGUUGGUUCGGUCUUCAACCGACCGGCCACCAACUCCGAGCAGACGCAGCAGCCCCUCAAUCCCAUCCAGAACAUCGUACAGGGUGUCCAGAACUUGUUCCGACCCAGCACGGCCAGCCCACCAGCCUCAAGCCAAGACACUGCGGUCGAUCCGGUUCAACCGGAAAACCAAGCCGCCGUCGCCGCCAGUCCCUAA